GCUUCUGAUGAGUCGUCACUUCGGUGCCAUGGCGAAGUGAAGAUUCUCAAAAUCGAAUGCGCAUCGUUUGGUUUCGAAUUCUAUUGAAGCCGCAGGUCUCGACUCGCGCGCGACGCAUUCCAAUUCCCAAUUCUGAAGAGGCUGCCGCCUUCUUCAAUCCUCCCCCGGGAAGAAAACCAGGUUCGGACGAGUGUUCGCUUUGCUUUAUUUCACGAAUCCGAGCUUAAGCUGUUGUAGGAUUGAAUUGCGCGUCGUGUUUUUUUUUUUUUUUUGUAUCUUAAUUGUGGAAACCUUCUCCCUAUUGUAAAAUUCAACUUAGAACGGGCUCUAAAGAGUUGACAUUCAAGUUAAACUAGCGAAUUCAUGGAACUCUGGAGGCGUGUGUAAUUUUUCGCGAGUACUGUGCAUAGAGAUCGAUGGGUCGAAGAAAGCAACUACGGCCGCAUCGGUCAGUGGGGACAGCGCAAAGCCGCGAGACUGCCGGACAGGAAUCGACCGAGCAAGAUGCUUCUGGACGUGCGCAAAGAGACGAACCUUUUAAUGUUGGGAAACCAUUUUUUGUUGAAGUUGAUAGGAGCAAUUGGGAUUCCAGUGAGCAUUUUGAUAUUUCAGAACUUCUCUUGACGAAUUUGAAUGUAAGCAGAGAGUUUUGGGGUUGUAAACUGAAUGAGAAUUUUUAUCAAGACUCGAAGUAUUCUUUGCGAAUUAGGUUAUGCAAUGUAGACGAGUUUUUGGGUCGUAUGAGGUUAGGCCAUUGGCCUGUGUUACCUGCUAGUGAUAUAUAUUUAGAAUUCGUGGAGAAGAGCAUACAGGAUGAAGCAGUGAUAGUGUUCGGGGGAUUUGACGGACCGGAUGAGGGUGUCACCGCUCUCGUUCACCUUGCCAAUCUUAAGUUUUUGACAUUGAGGCCAGUUCUCGGUGUUACUUUUUCAGAGGAAACGCCAUCUCUGAGGGUGAGAGUGGAGAUGCUUAAGGGCGCAUUCGAUGCAUGUGACUCUCUUCUUGACACUACGAGGCAACUUUGGAAGAAAAGUUUGAUGAAUGUAAUGUCUUGGGUGCGGCCUGAAGUCAUGACUUCAGAGGCUAGAUAUGGAUGUUACGAGUCAGCUGGGGUAGAGUUCGGUUUACAUGAGGAGAUGGACAGAGAUGCCUGGAGCUCGAGGAAACAGGCCAGGUUUGAUGCUGCUGGAUUUUAUGAAGCCAUCAAGCCAUCGAAAGAGAAUCCCAUGCUUGAAGAUAAUAUACCUGACCUACUUCCCAAGCUUAGACCAUAUCAACGCCGAGCAGCAUAUUGGAUGGUACAGAGAGAAAAAGGGGCAUCUGAAUGUUCAAGUGCCAGUGAAAGAAGUCAAUUCUUGUCUGCUCUGUGUGUGCCACUGAAUUUAAUUGACACAUGUUCGACAGUGUUUUACAAUCCAUUUAGUGGUAAUGUUUCAUUGCAUCCAGAAAGAUCUUCCUCACAUGUCUUUGGUGGUAUUCUUGCUGAUGAAAUGGGACUGGGAAAAACAGUUGAGCUGCUUGCUUGUAUCUUUGCUCAUCGGAAGCCAUCAUCUGAAGCUGGGAAUGGUAUUGAUGAUAUGAUUCAAAUGGCUGAGGAUCAGAAAGCUAACCUGAAAAGAUUGAAAAGAGAGCGCAUCGAGUGCAUAUGUGGAGCUGUCAGUGAAAGCUCUAAGUAUAAAGGAUUAUGGGUGCAAUGUGAUAUAUGUGAUGCUUGGCAGCAUGCAGAUUGUGUGGGCUAUUCAACUAGAGGAAAAACUUCAAAAUCCAGAGAAGCCUCUAAAGGACAAGGCUGUAAAAAUAAACAAACAGAAAAUUCAGGAAAACGUGCUAGAAGAAACAAUGACGCCAAAAUAGUUGACAUGGACGGGGAUUAUAUCUGCCAGCUAUGCUCUGAACUGAUUCAGGCUACUCAUGCUCCGAUUGCUACUGGUGCAUCUCUUAUAGUUUGCCCAGCUCCUAUAUUGCAACAGUGGCAUGCUGAAAUUAUUCGUCACACAAAUCCAGGUUCCUUGAAAACUUGUGUUUAUGAAGGUGUUCGGAACAGACCACUUUCAAAUCCAUCAUUGAUGGACAUUAGUGAGCUUGUCAAUGCCGAUAUAGUUUUAACAACUUAUGAUGUGCUUAAAGAUGAUUUAUCGCAUGACACUGAUAGGCACGAAGGGGACCGUCGGAUUAUGAGAUUUCAGAAGAGAUACCCCGUGCUCCCAACUUUCCUCACCAGAAUAUACUGGUGGAGAGUUUGUUUGGAUGAGGCUCAAAUGGUGGAGAGCAGUGUUACUGCUGCAACAGAAAUGGCACUGCGGCUUCAUACGAAGCAUCGGUGGUGUAUUUCCGGAACCCCUAUUCAACGAAAUCUUGAUGACUUAUAUGGGCUCUUGAGGUUCCUUAAAGCUUGUCCAUUUGAUGUUCAGAAGUGGUGGAUUGAAGUUAUACGAGAUCCAUAUGAGAGGGGAGACAUAGAAGCUAUGCAAUUCACUCAUAAAUUCUUUAAGCAAAUAAUGUGGCGUUCUUCAAAAGGACAUGUUGCAGAUGAAUUGCAGCUUCCUCCCCAAGAGGAGUCCCUCACUUGGCUCUCUUUUUCCCCAAUUGAAGAGCAUUUCUAUCAGAGGCAGCAUGAAACUUGUGUGAGCUAUGCUCGAGAAGUAAUUGAAGGUUUCAAAGAUGACAUUCUCAAACAAAAAGUCACAGGUUCCAUGCUAUCUGAUGCUACAUUUGAUCCUUUCAUCACCCAAGUGGAGGCUGCAAAACUGUUGAACUCACUCUUGAAGCUUCGGCAAGCCUGCUGUCAUCCUCAAGUGGGAAGCUCUGGAUUGCGUUCUUUACAACAAUCUCCCAUGACCAUGGAUGAGAUACUAUCAGUUCUUAUAGGCAAGACCAAGGUGGAAGGGGAGGAAGCUCUCAGGAAAUUAGUUGUUGCAUUGAAUGGGCUAGCAGGAAUUGCCGUAAUCAAACAAGACUUUUCGCCAGCAGCAUCACUUUACAGAGAAGCACUAGGUUUAGCCAAGGAGCAUUCAGAAGAUUUCCGAAUGGACCCUUUAUUAAACAUUCAUAUUCAUCAUAAUCUUGCUGAGAUACUCCCAUUGACUUCAGAUUACUUGCAACAUUUAGAUUCAAAUGAGCAACCUCCUGAAAGCUCAAAACGCAAGGCCUCCAGUGUUUCUAAUUAUGAAGAUUGUGUUCAAUUUGAUGGAAAGAGAUCAAAGUUAAGUGGAGAAGACUCAGAUUGCGCAUUUACUGCUGAGAAUUUACCCAGGUUUGCAUCUGGCCCACUCACUCAUGUUAAAGAAUGUGACCAGAAGGCCCAUAGAGAUUCCAAAACUUUUGAUGAUGGAUAUUUGAGGACAGCAUGUGAGAAUCUGAAAGAGAAGUUCUUGUCUGUGUUCAAUUCAAAGUUGUCCCUGGCCCAGCAAGAGUUCAGAAAGUCACAUCUCCAGGUUUGUAAGGCAUUUGAUGAUAGAAAGAAUCAGGAUAUUUGGUGGUUGGAAGCUCUUCAUCACAUUGAGCAGAAUAAGGAUUCCUCAAGUGAGUUGAUCAGAAAGAUUGGAGAAGCUAUCUCCAGUAAAUUAAAUGUUUCUAGGACCUCAAAAAUUGCUUCCUGCUUUCGAAGCAUAACUGCUCUGAAGUAUUACAUCCAGACUGGUUUGGAUUCACUAGAAGAUUCUAGGAAAACUUUGCUUGAUAGACUUGUGGAAAUUGACAAGACAAUGGAAAAUCCAAGAGAGGAGGACAUUGAGCGUGUGAGAUACUGCCCGAACUGCCAACCUAAUGUAGAUGGUCUUAUAUGUGUUCAUUGUGAGCUAGAUGAAUUAUUUCAGGUCUAUGAGGCUAGGCUCUUUCGUCUUAACAAAGCUCAUGAUGGAGGGUUCAUUAUAUCCGUUGAGGAGGCAGUGGAGCAGCAAAAAAGGAAGUCUGCUCUGAACCGUUUUUAUUGGGCUUUGUCGAGGCCUGAUAAAAAUUCAACUUCAUCCAGUGCACAAUAUGAAGAUAAUCAUGUAGGGAAGAGGGAUGUUGGGGAAAAAGUAGUGGUCUCAAGAUCUCCAUCCGAACUGGAAGUUGUUCUUGGGAUUGUAAAGAACUUCUCCAAGGCUCUGUUAGGUCGAGAUGGUACUGAAACAGCGAGCAAACAGCUAAUGCUUCUUGAGGGCAUGCGUAAGGAAUAUGCACAAGCAAGAUCCUUAGCAAUAGCACAAGCUCAAGUUCUGCGUGCUCAUGAUGAAAUAAAGAUGGCAACCUCACGGUUGCGCCUUCGGGAGAAUGAUGACGAUAAAUCCAUCGAUGCCUUAAGUCUAGGAGAACUGGAAGCAGCUAGUGUUGAAAAUUCUAGUGAUAAGUUCCUAGCUUUGACCACCUUAUCACGUAUAAAAGGCCAACUUCGCUAUCUCAAGGGUUUGAUACAAUCUAAACAAAAGAUGCAAGUAGAGAAUACAAAUUGUCCAUCCUUAGAUGAAGUUGCAAUGGUCUCUUCCAGUUCUACUACUGAAGAGGAAACGGGUUCAGUAGUUAAAGCUGAUGAAGAAACAUGCCCAGUUUGUCAAGAAAAGCUCCAAAACCAAAAGAUGGUUUUUCAAUGUGGCCAUAUUACUUGCUGUAAAUGUUUAUUUGCAAUGACAGAGCAAAGAUUCAAUCAUCAUGGAAAGUUACAUCAUAAAUGGGUGAUGUGCCCAACCUGCCGACAACAUACUGAUUUUGGAAAUAUUGCUUUUGCUGAUGAUGGACAAAAUAAGUCAGACAGUGCUCCCCAGGGUUGUGAAAACAUUGAAGCUUGUGUUACUGUUCAUGGUUCAUAUGGAACAAAGAUUGAAGCAAUCACGAAGAGAAUCCUGUGGAUCAGUUCUACAGAUCCAAGGGCAAAACUUCUUGUUUUCUCCAGUUGGAAUGAUGUCCUUGAUGUGUUGGAACAUGCAUUCACAGCUAACAGCAUAAGUUACAUCAGGAUGAAAGGAGGCAGGAAGGCCCAAUUUGCCAUCAGUCACUUCAAAGGACAGAGCUGUGUCAAAGGAAUAGGUAAGGUGCAUAACCAGCAAGCAGAAACCAGCUCUGUUAGGGUGUUACUGUUAUUAAUUCAACAUGGAGCCAAUGGCCUCAAUCUUUUGGAAGCACAGCAUGUUAUUCUUGUAGAGCCACUACUCAACCCAGCAGCUGAAGCACAAGCUGUUGGUCGGGUCCACCGCAUUGGACAGGAGAACAAGACAAUUGUUCAUCGCUUCAUAGUGAAAAAUACAGUUGAAGAAAGUAUAUAUAAACUCAACAGAAGCAGGGCUAUGAGUUCGUACAUCAGUGGAAACACAAAAAAUCAAGAUCAACUUGUCUUGACACUUAAAGAUGUGGAGUCUCUAUUUGCGGCCACACCCUCAACUGUACCAGAAACCGAUGAAAAGCCAACUGGAAGCUUGAUGCAUUUGCCGCCUGCCGUAGCCGCUGCCAUAGCUGCCGAGAAGAGACUAAAGGAGCAGACUGGAAAGCCAAGUUGAUUUCAAGUUCAUUUGCACUACCACAUCUGCUAAUUGUGUUACUGCAGUCAACAAGCCGUUUUUCAUGAUGAGCUCGGUGUAGAUAAGCCGCGCCAUCAAAUUAAUUAUCAGAAGGGGUGACAAAUGGAGCUAAUUUUUUGGCUCACCAGAUCUGUUUAGAGGCUUGAGCAUGGCAGUGUCGUCGUCAUGCCGUAUGGUCCUCCUGCUUGGCUAAUUCAUCGCCAGCAUUCUUGUAAACAAAUUUGUUGUAUACAUGUUUGUAGUCAUAGUUUAGGUAGUUCAUAGUAUAAAAUUUGAUGGAUCAAAUAUUAUGAAUUCUAGACUUAUGUAAUUAUGGUUUAGGUGCCAGUGGUUCAUUUAGACCUAGUGCAGUCAUCUAAUUUGUUGGUUUAAUUGAUUAUUCUUCACAGUAACUCCGUUUCUCUUUAACAAAAUAAUGUUCUUACCUUGCCGUUUCUAUUUAUUU